AUGGGUCGCUGUUACUGGGCAGCGCAGACCAUGAAUUGCCACGCUCCCGAGACGGGCAACAUCGAGCUUCUGGCUAAGUACUGCAAUGAGGAGCAGAAGAACAAGUGGCUUCAACCUCUUCUGGAUGGCACGGCCUCUUCCGCCUAUUCCAUGACCGAGCCAGAUGUUGCCAGCUCAGAUGCGACACAGAUUGGAAUCCGCAUCAAGCGUGAUGGAGACUCCUACGUCAUCAACGGCAGAAAGCUCUACGGUAAUUGUCUGUGGAACAAAGAGCUAUCUUUCUACAUCCUCAUGGGCUGCACCGACCCGGAGAACCCCAACAAGUGGUCCCGCCACUCGAUGAUCAUCGUGCCAUGCAACACGCCCGGCAUCACGCAAGUUCGGAACCUUACCAUCAUGGGAUAUGAUCACGCUCCGGAGGGACACGGCGAAUACUUAUACGAAAAUGUACGCGUGCCGGCAGAAAAUGUCAUCCUUGGCGAGGGCCGCGCCUUUGAGAUUGCCCAAGGCCGUCUCGGACCAGGUCGCAUUCAUCACUGCAUGCGUCUGAUUGGACAGUGCGAGCGUGCCUAUGAACUUGCGCUGAUUCGAUGCAAUGAUGCUCGCAAGAGGCCUCGCGGUAAGCUCAUUGGAGAGUUCGAUUCUAACAUUGAGCGCGUUGCGCAAAUGCGUCUUGAGCUAGACGCUGCCCGCUUGGUAGUCCUGAACGCUGCCGACACCAUGGAUCUUCUCGGCAACAAGGCGGGCAAGCGAGCUAUCGCUCAGAGCAAGAUCCUUGUGCCUAUCAUGGCCACUAAGAUCAUCGAUGAGUGCAUGCAAAUGUUUGGCGGCCAGGGCCUCACGCAGCACACCCCUCUUCCCGAGAUGUGGACAUAUGCUCGUUUCGUGAGGGUUGCUGAUGGACCGGACGCAGCUCAUAGACAUCAAGUGGGAAGAGAAGAGAUGAAGAAGGCAGCGGAGGUCGCAAAAAGACACCAGUCUUACACGGAAAGGUACAAGGAGUUCGCAGACAUGUACGGAGAGAAAUUUAUCACUUACAACUAG